GUAAAUAGAUUCAAUGUAUACUCUUAUGUAUUUUUCAUACAAAAUUUUUAAGAUUUGACCAUAAAAAUCAAUCUCGGAAAGAGAUAUGGAAGGCGACGGAGCUCGAGGAAAAGGUGGCGGAGGAGGAGGAAAGGUUACCGGCAUCCGACAUAUUGUGAGGUUGAAAGAGAUUCUGCACAAGUGGCACAAUGUCACAUUGGGGCAUAAGGCGGCGGCGGCCGCCAAGAGAGAGGGACGUCCACUGCUGACUCCUCCUCUGCCGCCGCCGCCGCCUCCAGCCCCAUGCGGCGGCGGAAUCUCCCCCGCCAUAUGCAAGAGGCUGAUGAUGGCCGGCGGCGGGUGCUCGCAGUGGGACUCGGACGAGGAGAGCUGCGCGAGUCCCAACCCGCCGGCAGGCAUCCCGAGGGGGUACUUGGCGGUGUACGUGGGCCCCGAGCGGCGGCGGUUCAUCGUCCCGACGAGCUACCUCGGGGACCCGCUGUUCAAGGUGCUGCUGGAGAAGGUGGAGGAGGAGUUCGGGUUCGACCACGGCGGCGCCCUCACCAUUCCCUGCGAGACGGAGACCUUCAAGUAUCUCCUCAAAUGCAUGGAGACUCACGAGAGGGAACAACAACUUGUCGAUCCCCAACAGCACCCGGCCGGCAGCUGCUGCGGCGGCGGCGACGCAGCCCCCAGCCACACCGGUAAUUGAAUAAUUAUUCCCUCUUGCCUAAUACGGUGUGUAUAGAAACAAAUUCUCUUUUACUUCGAUAAAUUUUAAGGAAUAUU